GCGGUUCUUGGACCCAUGCUGCUCAGUGCUGGGUGAGGCUGUGGAGCCAGCGGCCUCGUUACGGGAUGAGUGAGGCAGACGGGCUGCGGCAGCGCCGGCCCCUGCGGCCGCAGGUCGUCACGGACGAUGGCCCGGCCCCGGAGGUCAAGGAGGGCAGUUCCUUUAGUGGCAGAGUUUUCCGGAUGACCUUCUUGAUGCUGGCUGUUUCCCUUGCCAUUCCUCUGCUUGGAGCCAUGCUGCUGCUGGAGUCCCCCAUAGAUCCUCAGAGUCUCAGCUUCAAAGAACCCCCUUUCAUGUUGGGUGUUCUGAAACCAAAUACGAAGUUGCGACAAGCAGAAAGGCUAUUUGAAAACCAACUUAGUGGACCAGAGUCCAUAGUAAAUAUCGGGGAUGUGAUGUUUACUGGCACAGCAGAUGGCCGAGUUGUAAAACUUGAAAAUGGAGAAAUAGAGACCAUUGCCCGGUUUGGUUCAGGCCCUUGCAAAACCCGAGAUGAUGAACCUACUUGUGGGAGACCCUUGGGCAUCCGGGCGGGGCCCAAUGGAACUCUUUUUGUGGCUGAUGCAUACAAGGGACUGUUCGAAGUAAAUCCUCAGAAACGUGCAGUGAAGUUGUUGCUCUCCGCUGAGACUCCCAUUGAGGGCAAGAAGAUGUCCUUUGUGAAUGAUCUCACUGUCACUCGGGAUGGGAGGAAGAUUUACUUCACAGAUUCCAGCAGCAAGUGGCAGAGACGGGACUAUCUGCUCCUGGUGAUGGAGGGCACUGAUGAUGGGCGCCUCUUGGAGUAUGAUACCGUGACAAAAGAAGUGAAAGUUUUGUUGGACCAGAUGCAAUUCCCUAAUGGAGUCCAGCUUUCUCCUGAGGAAGACUUCGUUCUGGUGGCAGAGACAACCAUGGCCAGGAUACGAAGAGUCUAUGUGUCUGGCCUGAUGAAAGGAGGAGCAGAUAUGUUUGUGGAGAACAUGCCUGGAUUUCCUGACAAUAUCCGUCCCAGCAGCUCCGGCGGAUACUGGGUUGCUACUGCAACCAUUCGUGCUAAUCCUGGGUUUUCGAUGUUGGAUUUCUUAUCUGAGAAGCCUUUUAUUAAGAGAAUGAUUUUUAAGCUGUUCAGUCAGGAGACAGUGAUGAAAUUUGUGCCACGGUAUAGCCUGGUCCUGGAAGUCAGUGACAGCGGUGCCUUCCGGAGAAGCCUGCACGAUCCUGAUGGACUGGUGGCCACCUAUGUGAGUGAGGCACAUGAACAUGAUGGACACCUGUACCUGGGCUCCUUCAGGUCUCCCUUCAUCUGCAGACUCAGCCUCCAGUCUAUUUAGCCAGCCCAGCAGCCACUCCGCUGCAUGCUGGGACUCCUCACACUCAGCCACCAUAGAUCUGGAAGGAAACGUGGACUAGCUCUGUCCUUGUGCUCCUGUAAUGUUCUUGGAAGUGCGAGAGUAGCUGCUGCCACCAGGAGAUGGUAUGGCCCCCAAGGUACCUCUCAACCUGGACUUGAUGUCACUUUUAGAGGGAAAUAUUCUAUCUGCUAUGGGGAAGACAGUUCAUGGGAAGCUGUCUUCUCUUUAAAAAUUAUGCUAAAUACAAAUUCUCUAAGACUUGGGAAAUUUCAUAUAAUUGUCAUAGGGCUCAGGGUUUGAUUAUUAGAACAGGUGAUUAGCUGUGUAAGGAUCUUUCUGUUGCCAUUGGCUCUGACUGCCGCCUUCAGUGUCUUCAUUCUAAAGUGGGGUCAUGCUAUUGGGGGUGGCGUGGAAG